AUGGCAGUUUUCAAAGUCAGUUUCAUGACUCUGGCUCUCUUCAUUGUGGCCGGAAUCUUAUUUUCGGGUAUCAAUGUUGUCUCCGGCCAAGGUUGCAGAGGAGACUUCAGGAAUCUGGCAGCACAAUGCAUGCCAUAUGUUCAAAAGCCCGGUCCGAAAACUCCACCCUCUAAGGGAUGCUGCAAUGCUGUCAGGACGGUGGACGUUCCAUGCGCCUGCCAGCACCUGCCUCCAGGGGUCGGCGGCACUGUCAGCCUGGAGAAAGUAGCCUUUGUCUUGCGAGUCUGCGGCAAACCCCUUAAGCCCGGAACCAAAUGUGGAAGUUACACGGUGCCACCAGCAGUUUGA